AUAUAUAUAGCACAUAUGGAAGCUGGAAUAUAUAUAUAUAUAUAUAUAUAUAUAUAUAUAUAACACACAUAUAUAUACAGGGGGAGAAAGAGACAGUUUCUGUGCAAAAUAGGAGCAGCUGAUGAAUGUACAGCAGUGACUUUCAAACUUGUUCAUCUCCGUGCACAUAAAAUUCUGUGGUACACCAAAAAUGUAUUUUUUUGCCAAUCUGACAAAAAAAUACGUAUAAUUUUGAUUCAUUCAGCCCAGAUGGCUAUUGUUGUAUUAGCCGUUGUCAUUUUUUAUUUGACCAUCUAAGGGAAAGAGGUCAGUGUCCCUGACUCAGUAGUCAGGUGGUACAGGUUUGGGGGGUUUAUUGUAUUUUUUUUGGCUUCCAAACUUUUUAAUAACAUAAAAUCUAUUUAUUUGAUCAAUGUAACCUAGCAUCUUUGUAUAACAUGCAAAGGCAAGGCCUGCGGAAGGAAAGAUGCUGUCCUUGGUCUCUUCGGGACCACAACACACUACAUUCAGCUUAGACAGCAUUGCAUGUUUUUAAAUUUCUUUUGGCACAUCAGUUGGAAAUUGUUGAUCUAGAGAAAGUAUAAAUGGGUCUCUCUUGUCCUAUUCAUGCAAACUUCCUACAGAUUUAAGUGUUCAAAUUUAAAACUUGGGGGGGGUGGAUUUUUUUUUAUUUUUUAAACAUUUAUUUUUCUGCCCUGGCUGGUGUGGCUCAGUGGAUUGAGCACUGGCUUGCAAACCAAAAGGUCACCGGUUCGAUUCCUGGCAGGGCUCAUGCCUGGGUUGUGGGCCAGGCCCCCAGUAGGGGGUAUGUGACAGGCAACCACACACUGAUGUUUCUCUCCCUCUCUUUCUCCCUCCCCCUCUCUCUAAAAAUAAAAUCUUAAAAAAAAACCACACACAUCCCCUUUUCACUACUAAAAAUCAGUGUUCCCCCUACAUGAAUCAAAAAUGUACCUGGGAGAGUUCCAUCUUUGUGCACAAUUUAGAAGAAAUAAAAGUCUAGAUAAUACAAAAAGCCAAUGUUCACAUUGAUCAUUCUGGAAGGAGAGAAGGCAGCCAAGAAGACACAGCUCCCCAGCACCCCGGGGCAGACAGCUCUUCAACCCACAUGUCCGGCCACAAACUCGAGCCUGCUGGAAAACUCACUUCCCCAUCUCUGUGCCUGGCUGUUUUUCUUUUAAACGAGGAAGCUGUAGUAACUAUUGAAGUUCAAUGGAAGCAACGAGUAUUUCUGAGCACCUCCAAGGUGCCAGGCUCUGUGCCAAGCCCUGGGAGGAGGCAGGAACCCGAUGACGUGGCCCCUGCUGUCACCGGUUACAGACUGCGGGGAGGCAGACCUUUCCCAGGAGGGCAGGACAAUGAGGUGGCGGCACCGAGGAGCAACACAGAAGUAGGUCAGGAGCUGGCAAAGCUGACGGAACAGCUUGUAGACAUUGUCAGGAGCCUUCAGAGUCAGACACAGCUCCCAGAAUCUGGACCAGACAAUAAACUGAACAUCCUGGGCACGGCAGACCAUUCCUUGGCUUCUCCAAAGCUAGUGGCUUCCAACGCAUCUGAGAAAAAAAUGAGAGACAUUCUGCAUGACCUAGAAGAUAUCCGGGGAAAACUACAGGAAAACUUCCUGGGUAAACAGCGCCUUGAAGAACAAAGGCAGGGUAAAAUCCUGGAAGGUCCGUCCUCCUCCUCACGCCCACUGACCGAAGGGGGCCGCCUUGCAUCCUGGCUUGUUCAGCGCUCCAUCAGUCCAACCUUCGACCUGAGGAGCCUGUCCUGCAGCCUGGAGGUGUCCAAGGAUUGCCGGAAGGUGACGGUGUCUCACUUCCCACAGCCUUACUCCUGGAGUCGUGACAGGUUCACGACCUGCCAGGUCUUCUGUUCCCAAGCCUUCUCUUCCGGGCAGCACUACUGGGAAGUGGACACUCAGCACUGCAGUCACUGGGCGGUUGGCGUGGCGUCCUGGAAGAUGAGUCGAGACCAGACCCUGGGAAGGACCAGGGACUCCUCGUGCCUCGAGUGGAAGGGAACGAGCCAGCUCUCUGUGUGGCACAUGGUCAAGGAAACUGUCCUCGGCUCAGAAAAACCUAAGGUGGUGGGCAUCUAUCUGGACCUUGACCAGGGGAAGCUGGCCUUCUAUUCGGUGGCUGAUCAGGAGAAGCUUCUGUGGGAGCGGCCAGUGUCUGCCUCCUCGCCCCUGCACCCUGCCUUCUGGCUGUACGGUUUACAUCCCGGAAAUUCUCUGACUAUAAGGCCAGUAAGGGCAUAAAGGUUAAGUAAGCACAGGGGUUUCCCGUCCUCUCUCUGUGCCUUCAAGCAGGAGAGCAACUUGAGAAGAGUCCCACUCCUGAUGGUAAGGGGUGCGCAGUAAAGGGUUAACGCCCGCAGGUUUGGGAUGUUCCAUUGUGCACCUUACAGAAAGGAAGGGCCCUGGACUGGCUCCGCCGGGGAGGCAAUCUCUAAUCCCUUGGAAUAUCCUGCCUGAUAAGAGUGUUUGUUUACCUGGGGGCCUUGGGCCAGGAGGUAUCACCAGCUUGACCUCCCCAGAGGCUGGAGACCAAGGUGAGCCACCGGGUUGGCGAGGCCUGCCUCCCUCCGCUACAAGCCCUGGAUGCCAAGGCCUGGGUCAGUUUCCCCGGGUUGACAGUGCUCCUCACACGUUGUCACACACUGUUGCUGGGAGAAUUAAGCACUGUUCCUCUGACUUCACUGGGAGAGGAUUUUGCUGUCUCCUGACCUAUGUGCCUUUUCUUUUUUUUACUGCUGAUUUUAAUAUGUAACUUUUCACUGUAAUAAACUGUAACCAAGUGUAUAAAGCUUUGCUGAGUUCCAGUGAAUCACUGAACCUGAGAGUGGUUUUAGGGACCCCCAAACACAAGGGGCAUGUUAUGGAUCUCUGCGUAAUAAUGUUUGCACAAAUAUAGCCACUUGAAGCAGCAAACAUUUCCUCUCUCAGCCUCAGUGAGUCAGGAGUCAGGGCACAACCUGGGUGAGGCCUCUGCUUCAGAGUCUGACAAGCUGCAGUUGGGGUGUGAGCUGGGGCCACGGUGUCAUCUGGGGCUCGACUGGGGGCGGAUCUGCUUCCAGGCUCCCGGGGUUCUUGGCAACAUUCACUUUCUCUCCGGGCUUCCAUUUCUAGGGAGUAUUGGUUUGACAUGAUUUUAAAUCCAUUUGUUUAAGACUUAAGUGAAGUUGUCUUAAUCCUGUUUAUGGCAAAGACAAAAAAAAUGUUUUUAGAAAGGAGGUCGUUUUGAUGUAUAAGAAUGAAGUCGGUUGUGUCAGGAUGCUGUGGUUUCAUCUGUGGUUGUUGAUAAGCACUCGGCUGCUCAGGGCUUAUUGCCCUGCUGGGGCUUAUUGAUAAGAACAAGCGGAGCAGCAGUGAUGGCAAGAGGACACUGAGAGAAUGC